GCUCUUAAUAUUUUGCGAGUUUGUAGAACAUUUUUACAGAAAUCUUUUAUGAGAUAUUGAUCGUGAUUUUAUCUAGUGGUUUUUUGUGUAAAUGGAGAGUCCAUGUGCCAUAAACGGUUUGGAAAGUGCUUCGUUUGGAAAUGACACCUUAGCGGCAUUAUGUCAACUUGAAAGCGACUUGCAACCAUGUAGCAGCAAAGGCGUAAAUAAUAAUGCCAGUGACCAGUCGUCGCAAACAUUGACGAAUGUUUCAGAACAUCAAGAUGUAAAUGCGUCGAAGUAUACAUCCCCUCACAAUAAGACUACCCAGAGCAACAUAACAUUUCUCAGUACCCAAGAAAAACAGGAUCUAAAGUCUUGGGGCCUCCCGGAAGCUGUAUUGAAGGAGUAUCAUUCAGCUGGAGUAAAAUCAAUGUUCUCCUGGCAAGUAGAGUGCUUAUGCAGUCCAAAUGUUCUAGAUGGAGGGAAUCUUGUCUAUUCAGCUCCAACAUCAGCUGGUAAAACAUUAGUUGCUGAAAUUUUAGCAAUAAAAACUGUGCUAGAGAGAAAGAAGAAAGUCAUCAUCAUUCUCCCAUUUGUUUCUGUCGUCAGAGAGAAAAUGUUUUACUUUCAGGACUUACUGGGCAGCUCUGGUGUGAGAGUGGAAGGACUCAUGGGCUCACAUAGAAUUUUUGGAGGCUUUAAAAAAAUACAGAUUGCCAUCUGCACCAUAGAAAAGGCAAAUAGCUUGAUUAACAGGCUUCUGGAGGAUGGUCAGAUCAAAGACCUAGGUGCAGUUGUGGUAGAUGAGCUGCAUUUAGUAGGGGAUCCUUUUCGUGGUUAUUUACUAGAAUUGCUGCUCACAAAAAUUCAGUAUAUGAAUACUCGUGAAAAGGGUGUAUCUAUUCAGAUUGUUGGAAUGUCAGCUACCUUGCCAAACCUUGACCUCUUAGCUAAAUGGCUUAAAGCAGGUCUGUACAGAACAGAUUUUCGACCUGUCCCUUUGCAGGAGUUUCUCAAAGUGGAAUCACUUAUAUAUGAUAAAACUCUGAAGGUUCAUAGAGUGCUGCAGCCUGAAGUGAUAAUACAGGAUGACAGUGAUCAUGUCAUCUACCUCUGCCUAGAAACUUUAUUUGCAGGGCAUUCUGUCCUAAUAUUUUGCCCAACUAAAAACUGGUGUGAAAGUCUGGCUCAACAUAUCGCAAAGGAAUUCCAGACUCUUGGUAAUUCAAAACAUGACAUGGGAUGCAAGCUCCGAAGCCAGCUUAAUACGUCUGCUAUAGUAGAAGCACUGGAGCAGCUGAAGAGGUGUCCUGUUGGCUUAGAUACUGUGUUGCGGAAGACUGUAUCGUAUGGUGUGGCUUUCCAUCAUGCAGGUUUGACCUUAGAUGAAAGGGAUAUAAUUGAAGGUUUAUUUCGUGGAGGAGUUAUACGUGUUCUUGUUGCUACGUCUACUCUCUCAUCAGGUGUCAACUUACCUGCCAGGCGAGUUAUCAUUAGGUCUCCAUUAUUUUGUGGUGAAGCCAUAGGAAUUCAAACAUAUCGUCAAAUGAUUGGAAGAGCUGGGAGACUGGGAAAGGACACGGAAGGUGAAAGUUUUCUUGUUUGCACAAAAUCUGAGAAAAGAAUUGGUGAAAAAUUGAUUCGAUCAGAUUUACAGCCAAUAGAAAGUUGCCUAGGAUUUGGAGAACUUUCAGCUAGUUUGAAGAGAGCUGUUUUGGAGAUAAUAGCAAGUGGUGUAGCUACAACACCAGAACAGAUAGAUAUUUAUAUGAACUGCACAUUACUGGCUGCAUCCAACUCGGUGUCAGAAAAUCCCAUUAAAGCAUGCAUAAAAUUUUUGAAAGAAAAUGAGUUAAUCAGACUUCAGAACAAGGAUGAUAAAACACAAUAUGUGCCCACACCACUUGGUGCAGCCUGUUUGGCUGCAUCCAUUCCUCCUGAUGAUGGCCUAGAACUCUUCAGAGAGCUUCAGCGGGCAAGGCAAUGUUUUGUUUUGGAGAAUGAUUUACAUCUAGUGUACCAGGUAACUCCGCUGAACAUAGCCGCACAAUGGGGGAAUUUAGACUGGUUUCAGGUAAUGACACUCUGGGAGCAGCUCCCAACGAGCAUGCGGCGUGUAGGGGAACUAGUAGGCAUUGAAGAAGUUUUCAUGGUUAAAGCACUCAGAGGGACUGUAAACCUCCAGAGCAAGAAAGAGAUUGGCAGAAUAAAUCUGAGAAAAAUGGCCAUACACCGUCGGUUUUAUACAGCACUGGCUCUUCAGGACCUUAUUAAUGAAGUUCCUCUCACAGAAGUGGCCAACAAAUUUAAAUGUAGCAAAGGAAUGUUGCAGUCCCUUCAGCAGUCUGCCUCUACUUAUGCAGGUAUGGUAACAGCAUUUUGCAAGAGAUUGGGAUGGGACAAUAUGGAAUUAUUAUUUUCUCAGUUUCAAGACAGAUUACAAUUUGGCAUUCAUCGGGAGUUGUGUGAUCUAAUGAGACUUGAUCUGCUUAAUGGGCUACGAGCGAGAGCUUUGUUUAAUGCUGGUAUCACGUCACUUGCUUCUCUUGCUGCAGCUGAUGUAUGUGAAGUGGAAAAUGCUCUACAUGCUGCAAUCCCAUUUCAGAGUUCAAAAGAAUUGGAUGGGGAAUCAUCUUUUGAGACUGCUAAAAGAAAUGAAAUGAAAAGUGUGUGGAUAACUGGUAGACGUGGUCUGACAGAAAGAGAAGCUGCAACAUUGCUCAUUAAAGAAGCAAGGUUUAUGCUCCAGAAAGAACUUGGACUGGCUGAUGCAAAAUGGGAGAUGGUCGGAGAAGCCUCGGAUUCUUCGGGUUACACUAGCUCUUCUAGUACAAGUUCACAUGAAUCCUCUGCUGAACAUAGCCAUAUUUUGGACGAAAUUGUGGAAUGCCAUGCAACGACGCAAAUGACAUCUGAUGAGAGUGUAAAGAUACGUGCAAAUGAAAAAAACAAAAACUCUAGUCAUCUUUGUGAACCUGUCUCUUUGAGCUCAAAUGAAACCAAAAAACAAAUUAUAAACAUCGCAGGGAACUCUUUACUAACAGAGAGAAAAGAAAUUAGUGAUUCGCCUUGUGUUUCCAAAUGUGAUACUUCAGCUCCUGGACCAUUUGAAAUACAUUAUAAAACACAUCAAGACGAUCUGAAUGACAGCUUACAUCAGGGUACUCCAGAUAAAUGCGUUAUAAAAGAGACAGAAAACGCUACAGAACUUUGUGACAUGGGUCAGCCCAUACCUAAAAUGGAUCAUGGUUUAGAUCUUUCUACGUCUGAAAGGUCCGCAUUCGAACAAGUUGAUGAUGCCAUUGUUAAAGACCACUCGAAAACUGUAAUAGACUCUUCAAUUGAAGAUCUGUCGCAUGAGAGACCAACUUCAAGUAGAAACAGCUCUGAUUUCUUUGCAUCACCUUCUUCUGAAAAUAAUUACAGGAGUCCCAGCCUGUUUGGGGACAGCUUUUCCAUAAAUACACAGCUUGAAGAUGUUCUAGAUUGUAACAUCUCACCUGUGAAUACCACAAAGGUAGCUGCACAUGUCUAUAACCUACGGAAAAGAGAAUCUGAGAAAACAAAUAUACCUUUCUCACCUAAACAAGAUUCUGCUGACAACUUUUCAAUAAAUACGCAACUUGCAGAUGUCCUAGAUUGCAAGAUCUCACCCUUGAAUGGUGCAAAGACACCACUACCCCUCUUUAACUUGAAAGAAAGAGGAGACUGCAUGAAGACAAAUAUGCAUUCGUCUCCUAAACAAGAUUGUACAAGCAGCCUUAUAGUAAACACGCCUCUCGGAAAUGUCCUGGAUUGUAACAUUUCAUCUGCUACAGAGACACCUCGGCAAGUAUGUAACAGUCAGAGAAGUGGAGAACGUGGGAAAACAACUUUACUUUUGUCUCCGAAACAAAAUUUUCCAUUGUCAGUGGAACAACAUGAUGAUAAACAGGCUGCUCUAUUAACAGAACACACAAACACAAAAUCAAAAACCAUAGGAUUUGCUGAUGAUUCAGUUAUAACAGAUUCUUUUCUUGAAAAUGCUUUCAGGACAUAUCUCCCAUUGAAUUCAGAAGUAGUGUCACCAUCAGAUUCUGAAAAAAGUGAAAGCACCUCUAGAAAGAAAUCAAAGUUCUCUACAGUGGGAUUGAAGACACCAAAUGCAAAACCAACCAAAGAUGGAAAGUUAACACUCUCCAAGAAGAAGCGAAAGAAUCAUGAGAAUGCAACUGAUGUGGAGUUGAUGAAAAGCUUGGUGAGCCCAUCAAAAAAAAUAAGACUUUGCACAGGUAUAAACAGUGAAAAAUCACCUCAGGUAUUGCUCGCAACUCACAAUAAGAUUCCAGCGAGAUUGAGUAAUGUAUCUUUUGACACUCCAGCUGACCAUGUCUCUAAAAACCUCAAGGCGAGAAAACUAAGGUUUAGCAAAGUUACAGUGUUUCACAGCAGCUCAGAAGAGGAAGGAGAAGAAGACGAAGAAAAUAAUGAGACUAACGUCCUUGCAAGAUCAUCACAAAAGAGCACAGUACAGUCCUUCUCUUUGCGUAGCAAAAUGGCACCAGUUAGUAUGAAAUUUAAUACACCACGCAAAAGCAGUGCCCAGAAUGCUGGUGAGAUCAGUGAACCGGGAAGGAAACUGGAUGUUGAAAGUGGGAGUGAGAAGCAACUCACCUCUGCUAUGAGUGAGGAGAAAGAUGGAAAGCAACGGAUGGUACAACUUACUCCACCUGUGAACUGUAAUUUAUCAGGAGAUACAACUGAUUGCAUUGAUAUCAUAAACGUAUCUGGACAUGCAGAUAUCUUUUCCACUUUCAAGAGUGAACUUCAGCAUGUGAAACAUUUUUCCAUCUCAUUAGCCUGUGAUAAAUAUGAAACCGAAAAGCAAACUGCAAUAGGCAACAAAAUAUUGGGUAGGAAAAAGAAAGAAGGUAGAAGGGGACAAAAGUUCACAUUUGAUGCCAGUGACCAGUUUAUUGAUUGCAUAGGUAACACAUUCUUCAUUAACCAGGGUGGACCAGAUGCCAAUGGCCAUCUCACAUUUGUAAGAUGCCAUAACAGCUCUGAUGCCAUUCCUGUACAAGAAAGGAUUCUGCUGCUUAAAGAAAUGCUCACAAAUUCCACUUGCCAGAAAUCAGUAAGUGUGUUUGAUGGAAAAGAAAUGUACAAAGCUUUGUAUAACUGCCUUGGUAUGCGACUUCGUGGUCUGACUUGUGAUCCAAAGAUUGCUGACUGGCUGCUUAAUCCAGAAGGAAGAGAAAAAAAUUUGCAAGCAAUGGCAAUACAAUAUUGCCCAGAGGUGAGCCAGGUUGCAGUCCUAGUUGGUCACAUCCGUGGUGUUGGCAGCCCAGCCCUAAAUGUCAGUAGCUCCGUUUCAGCACAGCUGCGUUCUUCUGCUGAGGCUUUAGUUACAUGGCACACUGUGAACGCUCAGUUCAAACUGUUGUCUGAAAACAAGUUGCUUCAAGUAUUUGAAGAAGUAGAAAUGCCAACACUUUUAUGCCUUGCUCGGAUGGAACUAAGUGGAAUUGGUUUUAGUAUUAAGGAAGCUGAAAGACUAAGAAAUGUUCUUCUCAGUCAGAUGUCAUCAUUUGAAAAUAAAGCCUAUAAGCUUGCUGGACACACAUUUUCUCUGACAUCCCCAGCUGAUGUUUCAAAGGUAUUGUUCAAAGAGUUAGGACUGAAUCCUGGUAAGACUCCAUAUGGUCAAAAGCCAAGCACCAACAAAGAUGCACUCCUUCCUCUGAAGCAAUACCACCCAUUACCUGAAGUUAUUUUGCAAUGGAGGAAAAUUAAUACCAUAUUAACAAAGACACUUUAUCCACUCCUAAAUUCAGACUCAGCCGAACGCAUAUUUGGUUGUUACAUAACUCGCACUGCCACAGGAAGAAUCUCUAUGCAUGAACCAAAUAUGCAAAAUAUACCACGAGACUUUGAUGUUUCUGGCUGUGAUGGAGAAAAUUUGUCAAUAAGCAUGAGGCUAGCUUUUAUUCCAAAGCCUGGCAAUGUAUUCUUAUCAGCAGACUACUCUCAGCUUGAGCUCCGUAUUUUGGCACACUUAUCAGGUGACCAUAUACUCCUAGAUAUACUCAAUUCAGACAAGGACGUAUUCCGUGGGAUUGCUUCUAUAUGGAACAAAAUUCCAGAAUCUGAGGUAACUGACAAACUUCGUCAACAUGCCAAACAAGUAUGCUAUGGUAUGAUAUAUGGCAUAGGAUCAAAGGCCCUGGGAGAACAACUUGAAGUCAAUGAAACUCAAGCAGCAGAAUUCAUGGAAACAUUCAAAAGAGCUUAUCCUGGUGUCAGAAAAUAUGUCGAAGACACUAUUAAGAAGUGCAGAGCAAAGGGCUAUAUUGAAACACUGCAUGGGAGAAAACGUUUCUUGCCAGCAAUAAACAGCCCAAACCAAAUUAUAAGAGCUCAUGCAGAACGACAAGCUGUUAAUUCUACCAUUCAAGGAUCAGCUGCUGAUGUUGCAAAGAAAGGAAUGGUGCUUGUGGAGUCAAGAUUAGCUGCAUCACUUUCACAUAAUCCAUCUGUGGUGACUAGGGCACAAGAUCAGAGAACCAAUAAACUAAGUGUUACAGCACCUAAAGCAGAGUUAAUUUUGCACUUGCAUGAUGAACUCUUAUAUGAGGUAUCAAAAGGGGAACUACAGAAGGUAGCUCAGAUUGUUAAAUCUGGAAUGGAAUCAGCAGCAAUCCUUUCAGUGAAGUUGCCAGUAAAGAUAAAAACAGGCAAUUCUUGGGGAUCCCUGAAGGAUAUGGAAAUAUAGAUAUCUUCUGUUCAAAAUGUUGAAUUAAAGCAAAUAAUAAUAUUUCUGCAGUCACUAACUGAUAUGACCCCACCUUAAAAAAAAAGAAACUAUCAUUUAUUGUAUACAAAAUCAUGAAAACAUUCAAUUAUUUUAUUAUUAGAGUUAAAAAUAAUGUGUAAAAGAUUGUUGCAAGCAUGUUGUUCCGAGAAUUUUUUUUUCCAUUUAUGCCAUGUUCAUAUUUUGUAAGUUUUUUGAACACACUGUUUUAUUCUUUAACUGCACUUUUUUAUAUAAUUGAAAAUAAGGAAAAACCGUUUUCUGUUAUUUAAUGAAAGAUUUUUUUUCAAAUUAUAUUGCAUGACUAUGGUUUUGGUAACUGUAUAGUUAUUUAAAGUGUCUACAGAUGUACAGUUUAACUUUGUAAGUUUGCAGUUACACUUUUAAAUUUUAAAAAAAUCUAGUCAUCUGUACUUCUCUUGACUGUUUCUUGAAUAUGUGUAUGUAGCUUACUUUAAUUUAUUGGAAUGAAAAUAAACACAUUUCCAUAAUUUUUUAGAUAAAACAUCUAAAUCUCUAGUGAUUGAAUAGAAAUAUAUACAUGCACUAUGCUUUAAUUUUUUUCAUUGGAACACCUGAUUAUUAGUAUCACCUGAUUAUUGUUUUCC